GGCGGGGCCGUUCUGAGCAGCAAAACCCACCGUGACAAUAGAACUGAAGCGAGUGAGAGACUGAGAGGGAGGGAGGGAGCGUGUAGCUGUGUGUGUGUCACUGCUGUAGCGGAGGAAUAAAAACUGCGCAAUUUCAAAUCAGGACCGCUUCUGUUUUCUUCCUUGAGAGAGAAAAAACAAACUACCUAUCUGCAAACCGGGAGAGGUGCUUCCGUCGUGUUUGCUACAAAUAUAAGGACGUUCUGAUGUCCGUGGGAUGCAGUUAUACUAAACGUGAACAAUAUAACUGUUAGAAAAAAAAAAUGCGAAAUGUCUCCUUUUUUUUUGGCGAGACAGUGUCGUUGUUGUUGUUAUUGCUGUUGCACGUUUGCAGUGAAGUUGUGUUGCCCGCAGAAGUGGAUUGCGCGCAAAAGGGCAUAAUGUUAAAGAAAAUGGUUCGAUUCGUUGGCUGCGGAUCGUCUUACAUAAUUUGGUUGCAAUUUCGGGCUGCGUGGCUGAAUGACUGUCAAUCAGCAGAAUACAACUGGAGUCCGCAUUGUUAUUUUAAAGCUGCAGGGAAAAUAUACGGAUAUAUUUAUAUUUACAUCAAUAUACUGUGCGGCGUAACAACAUAUCGCCACCCACAAACAAGAGAAUGGAGCAGGAUCCCACGGAGCAGCCAAUCGGAGGGGAGAGGAGGCUUGUAUCCGGGCGGAUUUGCUUCAGAGCACGAGGGAGGAUUCGUGGAGUUCAGUGGGCGUGUCACUGCAGAACAGGAUGCUGGUUGGAGGGGGCGGGUCUUGGACCUCCCUGCAAAGGAUCCUGGGUAGAUCUCCCAGAAUUCAAUGCAGAAGAUUUCCCAAGAGCUGUCAAGAGAGUGGACCGGGCUGGCCGGGAUAGUAAUGCUGUGAAUCAGACUCGUCUCGUCUCUCUGACUGACAGGAGUACCCUGUCGCUCCUCAAUAUCUGUUGCUAGUUUCACCCGAGCCCACAACCACGACUAUUUUACGUGGAACUGAUCUGGGAGAGCUGGGGCUGUGUUUUUGGAGAGACACGUUGACCAUUUAAAGACUGUUGACAAGUCUCCAGAGAAUCCGGAAGCCAUGACUGGCUGGAGAAGCUGAAUCAAUGACCCCGAUUUAGACAAGACUGUUCAUGCCGAGCUGAAGUGUGCUUGUAUGGAGCUGUGAAGACACACAGAGUAACUCUGAGCUGACACUUUGCAGAGACAGAUUCGUGUGUAUAAACGCACACACGCACUAAUAAGAAGGACUUCAGUUCUCUAAACUGGGAGAGGGACCAGGAACAGACUGCAGUGGAGAGACUUGCAGACUCAGCUAACGUGGCUGGAUGCAUCACACAGUGGAUCAGUUUGGUGGGCGCAGCAGCAGCACUUUCCCUCUGGACGGUCGGGGGGGGCCAUGGGGACCCCCAGGCAGCCGAGCCUGGAUACCCCCCUCCAGGGGCCCAGCCAGCGUCGGCCAAUCACAGCUUCCCUCUCACCUGCCGGCAGGUCACAUGACCAGCCUCGCCCACCCCAGCAAACUCUACUUUCCCCCAGGCCCCGCUCCCCCCCGGCCCCUGCUCUCUGAACGGAUCGAGCUGAUUCACGGGCUGGUCCAGUCUCUGCAGAGGGACCGUCAGCAGGCCCGGCUGUGGGAGCAAUUGGGUCAGAUCUACGAGUCGGAGCAGGAGCUGGAGGAGGCACUGAGGUGCUACCAGAACGGGGCGCGUUGCCACGGCUACGGCCCGGGCCACACCCACCUCGCCGCGCGAGCCAAUCAGCUGCAGAGGUACCUGAGUCCACACCAGCACCGGCCUCACAACCUGCCUCCGCUACAUGAAGUGUGGGAUCUGCUGCAGCAGCAAGCAAGAAACUACCCAGGGAAAAACGGCUGCCAACUGAAGCGGCCAGCAGCACAUGUGGACCAUUCGGUGAUCCAGCACACCCCUCACAUUCACCACGUGGUACCUUCCACCCCUCCCAGUGAGGAGAUCCCCAGUCCGGUGAAGAGAAGGAGGAGCAUCAGCCCAGACCAGAUUAAUCGCUCCGGAAUGCCGCGCCCCCCAAUGCCAAACCUGCCCCCGACACACCCCCUCCACCACCCGGGGGGACACUACCAGCUGCCCAAGCCGGGGGGGCUGUGGAACCCCCUGCACAAGGGGGGGUCGUCCUGGCCCCCCGAGAGGAAGAGCGACUAUCAGGAUCAGCAGAACCCAGUCCUGGGUGCUUACCCUUACAAGACCACCCCUCCAUCACCCAUCCCCUCCGCCUCUUCCUCUUCAUCCUCCUCCUCCUCCUCCUCCUGCCCACCCCUCUCCUCUCACUUCAACAGCAAUCACAUCCAACACAGCAGCUGCAGUAAUCUGCCCAAACCCCUGCCUCAGACUCCAGCCCCAGGCCCCUUGAUAAUGCAGGGCAGCCGCUACCCCCCCCACCCACACGCCCCCCUCCACCCCCACCAGCAACCAGCAGGGGAGAGCCGGCAGCAUCCCAGCUACAACCACGGGGGCCAGGCGAGAGGUACGGGGGACCCCAGGAACGAUCCGAGAGAGACCAGUAGCAGCCAGCAGCAGGCCAGGCUCAACCGGCCCAACGUCUCACCAGCAAACAUUACCUGCGUGCCUUACAACUCUCACCACCACCACCACCCUCAUCACAACCAGCAAACUCUGCUGCCUCCCCCACUGACACCAGCCCGUGGCAGCUCCUCCCUUAGCGGAAUACCUCACGGCCUGGGCGCCACUCCCUCUUCCUCCUCCACAAAUGAGAGCUGGAGAAAGCAGCAGCAAAGAAACAGCCACGCCUCCAAUGUGACGUCAGGUCGGUACCCCGGAAAUCAGGGUCUAGAAACUCAGGGUCACAGGCGACCUUUGGAGAGGGGAGCCCCCCUGUUAGGGCACGGGCACCCCCACGCAGGCCGUCCCGCGAUGCCAGGGACCACCCCCGCUGCCACGGACAUCUGCCGGAGUAACCCCUACAGCGGCAGCAGUGCAGUCCAGGUCCCAGCGCCCCCUACAGGCUCUCCGACUCCUGGCGUCCUGAGAUCCACUGCAGGCUGGAAGGAGCCCCUGCCAACCCCAGUCCUGAUGACUCCGGGGCUUAAGGGAGAAAACCAGCUGCUGGGAGAGCCGGACAGGAGAGAGAUCCAGCCUCCUUUAGAGAAACGGGAGUACUUUUACAAACGCUGUGAGCCUCCCCGGACUGCCACUGCUGCAACUACAGCAACUUCUUCCUCGUCCUCCUCCUCCUCCUCCUUUUCCUCCUCGUCCCGUAGCGUGCUGGCACCGCACUUUGAGAAGCUGAAAAACACGACAGCCGAGGUCAGCCGCAAGCCGUCUCCGUCUCCUCCUCCUCCUCCUCCUCCCCCUGCUGCCGUGCAGCCCCCUCCCCUUGUUCUGAACCCUCCCCAGUCCGCCCCCUCGCCCAGCCCUUACCGACACGAGCCUCUUCGCAGGCAGCCGCUGAGCAUCGAGGAGGUGCUGGACAAGCUGGACGCGGAGCUGGAAGACAGGGUCCGAGAACGGGAGAGGGAGGAGGAGAGGGAAGGAAAGCAGCCGGAGGGAGACGGAGGAGACGAGAAGGAGGCGGUGGCGAGUCUGGAGCGCCUGCUCUCCGCACCCGUGAUCAAGGCUCGGGGUGAGGAUGGCGGAAAGGCUUCUCCCCGAUACGGGGAGAAAGAGCCGGGGGCGGUGCCGCCUUUCUGGACGUCGGAAAAGACCGGGACCGCGGCCCCCGUCAUCGUUUCCGCCCCCUCUGCUUCCGCGGCCAGGCUGGAUUUCAUCGCCAAGGGGGAGAGACGGAGUAGCGGGUCAGGCAGUCCUGCUCAUCAGGUACCCCAGCUGCCAAAUACCUCAGGAACUGCAUCACCCUCACCAUCGCCCUCGCCACUGCCAUCGUUGCACAGGCCCUCGGAGCUGAUGGGCAGCCGACUGAUGCAACAGACAGCAGCCGUUUUACCCAAAGACCCGGCCACCUCGGGGGUCCUGCCUCUCUUCCCCACAGAAACACAGGAAUACCCGACGACCAGGAAAGAAGGAGGAGGAAACGGAGGGAGGAAACCCCCCGAGAAGCUCUUUGAAGAUUUCCCCAGCCGGACGGGAGACCAGGGGAUGGGGGACCAGUUCGAGGAGCCCAUUCUCCCCGACGGCCUGGCAAAUAUCAUGAAGAUGCUGGACGAGUCGAUCCAGAAGGAGGAUGAGUUAUACAACGGCAGCGCUAGCGGGGAUCGCUACUCCCCCAUCUCCCCUCUGCCCGUGCCCCGGCCGCUGCCGGACCUCAAAGACAGCCGGCAGCCCCCUCCCUUGCUGGAGAGACCCAAGCCCUCCAACAUGGAUUUCAGCCUGGUGAACAAGAACCCCCCAGUCUUGAGCAGGCAGGGCUCGCUGGCGUCGUCUUCCACGUCGUCGACUUCAUACAGCAGGUCGUCCUCCGUCUCUGAAAAGGAGGCGAGGAACCCUUCUUUAAAGCUGAGCCCAAGCUGCCAGAUUCAGCCCCAGCAGCAACCAACUCCCUCCUUCCCCCCGGCUCCUCUGGUCAAGGAGAGUCACGUUUACAACAGCAGCAGCUACCUUCACAACGACCUGGCCAAGCUUUACGGCUUCCCCGAGCGGAAAAGAGAGGAAUCUCCGAUCGGAAUCGAGGAGGAAGAGAUGGAGGAGGAGGAGGAGGAAGAUGAUGAAGAUAACAAGCUGCUGCACUCUCCGGCCAAGCUGCCCCAAGCUCCUCAGCAGCAGCAGCAGCAGCAGCAGACAGACGUGAGGAACAUGUUCAAAUCCCUCGCCUCGGUCCUGGAGAGCCAGAAGUAUUCCUACAGGGGAGGGCCUUUUGGAAGGCCCCCCCCUGGCGGUGCUGGAAAUCGGGGUUCUUCCUUCAAGUACGCCCCACCUCCUGCGCCGCUGCGGUUCUCGUCGGACACGACGACGACCUCGCUGGCCCGGGAAGACAAGGAGCCGAGGGGUGGGGGGGAAACUAAGGCCCGAGCCGGGCUCGACAGAAGCGACUCGGAAGAGUCCGAUUUCGCGGCGAGGGUGGAGGUGAAGCAAGAGGAGACGGAGAAGGAGGACGAGGACAGCGAAGAUGAUGAUGAUGAUGAGGAUGGCAAAGCCGGGGUUAGGGGUCUGGAGAAGGAAGCCAGGACUUCCGAAGUGAAGGAGGAGGAGGAGGAGCAGCAGCAGCUGGUGACCAUAUCUGAGGCAUCCAUAUCCGAGCUGAGCCGGAGCUGCGAGGUCCUUCUGACCCGGCACGCCAUUCCCGCCGGGAGCUGCCGGGUCAAGCCCGAGAAGGAUCACAGGAAGACUGAGAAGGAGAGGGAGAGGCCGGAGAAGGGCUGCAAAAGCGAGAGGAGGGAGAGGAAAGACCGCAAAGAACACAAGAAGCACAGGAAGAGGGAUUCUUCACCGACAUCCAACACCUCUUCAUCAUCAUCUUCUUCUGGUCGGAGCGGAACUGGCAGCAGCAGCAGCUGCAGCUCAAGCAGGCGACACAAAGACAAGGAAGGCAAAUCGCACAAGGAUAAGAGCAGGCAAGUGCUGGGCAAUCUGGACAUGCAGAGAAAGGGCAGCCAAGCAAGGGAGAAGGGGAAGGGCGAGUGUGUGGGAGUCGGCGCCGAGCCCAAGAGGAAGGCGGUAGGCGGGGGAGUGGCCUCUUCCUGCGGGAGCAGGGAGGGUGGGGGUGGCAGCGGGGGGGCCCUGGGCCCUGCGGACUUCCUGAAGCUCAAGGGCCUCUCGGACGGGCCCCCCAAGGAGCUGAAGAUCCGCCUGAUCAAAGUGGAGAGCGGCGAGCGGGAGCGGUUCAUCGCCUCCGAGGUGGAGGAGAAGAGGAGCAUCCCGCUGUCCCAGAUCACCAUCCGCAACACGGCCAGCGAGGUCAUCCAAGCCUGCAAGAAUGCGAAAAUCAAAGGGAGGUUUCGAGAGUCGUAUCUCUUGCCUGCGUUUUCUGUGAAGCCUGUGAUGGGAAACUCGGGCAGCCCCCAGGAGAGACUGAAUCCUCCCACCCCCAGUAUCUACCUGGAGAGCAAGCGGGACGGGUUCUCCCCGGUGCUCCUGCAGUUCUGCACGGACCCCAAAAACCCCAUCACUGUCAUUAGAGGGCUGGCUGGAUCCCUGCGCCUCAACCUGGGCCUCUUCUCCACAAAGUCCCUGGUGGAGGCGAACGGGGAGCACUCGGUGGAGGUGCGGACGCAAGUCCAGCAGCCUUCCGACGAGAACUGGGAGCCGACCGGAGACCGGCAGACCUGGCCGUGCGAGAGCAGCCGUUCUCACACCACCAUCGCCAAGUACGCCCAGUACCAAGCCUCCUCCUUCCAGGAGAGCCUGCAGGAGGAGAAGGGAAGUGAUGAAGAGGAGGAUGAAGAGGAGCCCCCUGUCGCCCCGGAGCCCCCCAGCAAUGGUGCUACGGAUCAGAAACCCGUGGGGAAGAUUAUCAAAUUCGGGACAAACAUUGACCUGUCAGACGCCAAGCGGUGGAAGUCCCAGCUGCAGGAGCUGUUCAAGCUGCCCGCUUUCAUGCGCGUCUCAUCGAGUGGGAACAUGCUGAGCCACGUGGGGCACACCAUCCUGGGCAUGAACACAGUGCAACUCUACAUGAAGGUCCCGGGCAGCCGCACUCCAGGCCACCAGGAGAACAACAACUUCUGCUCCGUGAACAUCAACAUUGGCCCAGGGGACUGCGAGUGGUUUGCUGUUCACGACAGCUACUGGAAAGCGAUCAGCGAUUUCUGUGAGAGUCACGGAGUGGACUACCUGACGGGGUCCUGGUGGCCGGUGCUGGAGGAUCUGUACAGGGCAAACAUCCCGGUGUACCGGUUCAUCCAGAGGCCGGGGGACCUGGUGUGGAUCAACGCCGGCACGGUGCACUGGGUGCAGGCUGUGGGCUGGUGCAACAACAUUGCCUGGAACGUGGGGCCCCUCACCCCGUACCAGUACCAGCUGGCUCUGGAGCGCUACGAGUGGAACGAGGUGAAGAAGGUGAAGUCCAUCGUGCCCAUGAUCCACGUGUCCUGGAACAUCGCCCGCACGGUCAAGGUGUCCGACCCCGACGUCUACAAGAUGAUCAAGCACUGCUUGCUGCAGUCCAUCAAGCACUCACAGGUCCUGAGGGCCCAGCUGGUCCAGGAUGGGAAGAAGAUCUCGUAUCAGAGCCGUGUGAAGGACGAGCCGGCCUACUACUGCAAUGAGUGUGAUGUGGAGGUGUACAACCUGCUGUUCGUGACGAGUGAGAACAGCAGCCGCAAGACUUACGUGGUGCACUGUGAGGACUGCGCCCGCCGGAGGAGCGCCACGCUGCACAACGUGGUCGUGCUGGAGCAGUACAGGACUGAGGAGCUCAUGCAGACCUACGACAGCUUCACUCUGGCACCAGCGCCAAAUGUGCGCUGAAAAGUCUCUUCGGUGUCUAAAGCCAUAACCAAAACACAGAGCUCCCGACAGCUGGGCAACCCUUUAUUCUUUUUGCAUUUAAAUUUGUAUUUAUGUUUUUGUUAUUUAUUUGUUUUAUUUUUUUUUACACAUCAGCCAAUCAACCUGUUUACUCAACUUCGUUAACGGUGCUACAUCAGCCAAUCAACACUCUGUUUACUCUUGUUAGCCCCGCCUACUGAGUGCUGAUUGGAUGUCCUGAGAGGAGGGGGAAAGAAAGAAGCUGACUUUUUUUUUUUUUUUUUUCCCUCCCAAGAAAAAAUAUUUAUUCAGGAUUUUUUUUUUUUUUUUUGAUACAAUACUUUUUACUUGACUUUUUUUUGUUUGGUUUUUUUUUUAGUUAUUUUUGUAAUAAAAUAAACUGAGAAUUUAGAUUAAAGCCUGGCUAAAUAAAUAAAUAAAUAAAUAAAUAUAUACCACAUUGGCCUUCUGACUUCUUACAUAAAUAAUAAAGUUUAAAAAAGAAAAGAAAAAAUCAUGAAAAACUUUUUCUAAAGCAUUAAGAAUACAAAACAAGAAUUAUAAAAAAAUAAAUAAAGGUUUGGAAUGCUUAAUAUACGGGUUAUAGCAAGAAAUAUUUUUGUCUUAGAAAUUCUUGUAUAUGUGUUGUAAAAUGGUGUCGUCUGCAUUUAUUAUUAUUAUUAUUAUUAUUUCUUUCUUUUUGUUAAAUACAUCUUGAAUUGUAACAAUACCCAUACAUACAUUGUGUGGUUUUUUGUGAUGCUAACCAGCUUAUCAUUUUACCUCCAGAUUGUUUGAUUUUUUUUUUUUUUUUUGUAUUUUUGUGUUUUGAGAAAUGUAUAAUUUUGGUUGUAUUUAUUGUCUUUUUUCCCUUCUAUUUAUUCAAUUUCAAUGGUUCUCCCUUUUUAGCGUUCUCAGCUAUUUUAAAUGUUUUUAUUAUUAUUAUGAUUAUUAUUAUUGGUAAUAAUAAUAAUACUCUAAUAUCCGGUUUCGUGGUGCUUUUUUCUCUCUAUGUAUAAAUAUUAUAUAUAUAUAAGUUUUAUUUCUCUGUCUAUGGGUUAGUGCUGGGGAGGGCUGGGGGAGACAGUUUAAUGGAAUACUGUUCUUGUAAAUUUGUUUUAAAUAUAAGAGAGAAAUUGUGAUUUAUUUCUAAUUUUUUAGGGGAUUCUUUUUACUGAAAAUUAAAACAUUGAUAAAAAAAAAAGACAAAACAGUGAUGAUAUUGUUUGGAGAGAUCUAAGAGGAAGUGUGGCCAAGGUGUUUUUUUACUUUUCGUUUGUUUAUUCUGGUUUAAUGUUUUUGUCCUCUUUUUUUGACACAAUACACGCUAGUUUUUUGGGGAUUUUAUAAAUGCACUGUUUUUAAAAGAUUCACACACAGAGAAAGAAAAAAACUGAGCCAGGACCGUCUUAAAUAUUUUGUGAAUUUUGUGUGAAUUAUUAUUAUUAUUAUUAUUAUUAUUAUUAUUAUUAUUGUUAUUAAUAAUAAAAGCUUUUGAUAAACUUAA